UCUGAAGUCUACCUUAGUAUUAUUUCGGUAAAAUCAUUUUACAUGCCACAGGGAUUACUACGAAUUUUAUGCAUGUCAUGUUAGUUUGAACACAUCGAUUUGGUCAACGAAUAUAAUGAUGCAAGAGUAGCUAACUGUUACUGUCUGGAAAUCUUGACCACGUUCCAAGCUUUUGAAUUUAUUCCAAGCUAACCCAUUACAGAUUACUCGCAUCUGACAUCAUAUAAGGACACAUUAGCCACCUUUAUUGUGACCAUUAGACAGUAGUCAAAUGCGUUACAAUAUAUAUAUGUAAUAUAUAUCACAGACGGAAGCCUUUCCACAGACCGGCAACAAACGACGUCGACAUACAGCUGUAGGCAAUCACGUGACUUACUGUUGUGGCUAAAAUUAGAGAAAAACGUGAGUCUUGAAAUUACAUGAAAGACAGCUAAUUGGAUGUGACUAUUUUGUAUGUUUACCCCAGCGAUGUUGCCAUAAAGUGUACACCUAAGGAAGAUCUUGGUGCCAACUAAAUUAAAAAGAAAAAGAGAUAGCGUGUAGUUAAAAGUAAAUAUGGGUUCUCAGUUGUUGAUGUUGAUAUUGAAGAUCAAGGAAAGCAGUACUCCUGGUCUUGACCUUCCUACAUUCCUCUCAAAAGUUGAUGGCUUUCUCAAAGGCUACUCUAAAGCCAGUCAAGUCAUCCACAAAUUCAAGGUGUGUGGAGAGCCAAGAGUUGUUGCAAUUUUUGAAGUGAACAAUAUCUUGGGCCUUGAGAGAAAUAUGGGCGGUCUGUCACGGAUCGGUAUAUUUGAUGUGACCUGCAUUCCUCUGUCACACUACGAAUCAUUUGCUACAGCACUUGGUGUGGAUCCAAGUCUCACCGAAAUAUCGCCACAACCCCUCACAAAGAGAUUUAUCUACUGGCUCAGCUUCAACGUGGAAUAUCCAGGGAAGACAACAGCUGAGCUUCUCGAGCUAUGGGGAAAAGAGGCUUCCACAGCUCUAUCUGCCCGAGCAGCAGGGACACAACUUGACCUCUACAAGGUCAUAGCUGAAAGGAAGGUUCAUGUUUUCAUUGCUACGGAUGUACCAGAGGAGGUUGACAAGUUGUCCUUCACACUUCCUCUGAUGCAGGAGAAUGGGGCUAACGUCCAGAUCGAGUGUCGGGCAGUACAGCACUUAGAAGACUACACCACAAGGAUCAUGACAGAGAAGAUACAGUGACCAUUCUGACCCUCAACACUAGAAUAUAUUACCUUGACCAGAGGCCGUUAAUGUGAUAGUAGCUUUAACAUGCUCAUACUGCCACUAUGUCCAUGGAAAUGUUGGUAUUAUGAAGGGAGACGAGCUUUAACAUGCUCAUACUGCCACUAUGUCCAUGGAAACGUUGGUAUUAUGAAGGGAGACGUAUGAUGCUAUAAAAACCUGAAGAAUUUUGCUAUCUUUUCAAAAUGACGUAUCUACAAAGUGGGGUAUCUAUAUUAAAGUUUACUGUCGUAAUAGUAAAUAUAUCAGUAUGUAUAUUGAUGUUUUAUAAGUUGUUUGCUUUCACUACCCAAGGAAUUAUUUUAGAGAAAUCUGGUCAAUCUUUAUGGUUUCCAUAUUGACUCCGAUUCCAUUUCCACUAAUUCUAUUAAUUGUAAUUCUAUCAAACUCAUUGAAAUCAACAACCCAAUCAAUUCAAUUCAUUCCAUCAAUGAAAUUUAAUUUAACAACCCCAUAUAUGUCAUCAAACGAUAAACUCACUUAGCCCCAUUCUCUUCAACGACCCCAUUAAUGUACGCUAUUAAACCCAUGAUGCAAUCAAACCAUUAACUCAAUUUACCCCAUUAAAUUCAACAAGCCCAUUAAUAUCAUCAAACCAUUAACUGACUUACCCAAUUGAAUUCAACAAGCCCAUUAAUAUCAUCAAACCAUUAAUUGACAUACCCCAUUAAAUUCAACAAGCCCAUUCAUUUCAUCAAUGGAAUAAUUCAUUGAGAAUAUUACUUCCAGCCCGUUUUUGGCCAAGUUUACUUGUUGAGUCAUUGUUUCUGACUACAUUUACCUCCAUCACCCCAUUAACAUCAUUAAAUAAAUGUUCUCCACUUAGUGUCCCUACAGGUAUCUUUUAGUACCCAGUACAUAAUAUGAUAAUUGUUUUAUAAUAAUAGAAUAAUGAUAAUAAUAAUGAAAGACUUUAUUUAGGAUCGAUGACACUCUGAGUGACAAGGCUCUUCUUCCAAGUAGUCGACAUUUUCAUGUACAAUAUUUACAAUAAUGAGUCGAUCAUGCAUCAACUACAGACGAUGAAACGCAUCAUCAGGUAUCAAAAACAUCCUCAAUACAAUGUUUGUGAUUCUGAAAAAUCUGAUCAAAUUCAGUGUUUCAUAAGAAAACCUCUUAUCAUGUCAACAAGAUUAACAUUAAAGUAAAACUACAACUAAUGUCUGAUUUGAGAUUAGAGGAUGUGCUCAAAGUGAAGAAUUCUUACUCUUGGUCUUUGUUUGUUCUAGUGCUUUAAAGUAGGAGAUAAUUUACUAAUCGUUCUUGUGCUUUAAAGUACGAGAUAAUUUACUAAUCGUUCUAGUGCUUUAAAGUAGGAGAUGAUUUGCUAAUCGUUCUAGUGCUUUAAAGUAGAUAAUUUACUCAUUGUUUUAGUGCUUUAAAGUAGGAGAUAAUUUACUCAUUGUUCUAGUGCAUCAAAGUAAGAGAUAAUUUACUCAUCGUUCUAGGUCUUUAAAGUAAGAGAUAAUUUACUCAUCGUUCUAGUGCUUUAAAGUAGGAGAUAAUUUACUCAUUGUUCUAGUGCUUUAAAGUAGGAGAUAAUUUACUCAUUGUUCUAGUGCUUUAAAGUAGGAGAUAAUUUACUAAUCGUUCUAGUGCUUUAAAGUAGGAGAUGAUUUGCUAAUCGUUCUAGUGCUUUAAAGUAGAUAAUUUACUCAUUGUUUUAGUGCUUUAAAGUAGGAGAUAAUUUACUCAUUGUUCUAGUGCAUCAAAGUAAGAGAUAAUUUACUCAUCGUUCUAGGUCUUUAAAGUAAGAGAUAAUUUACUCAUCGUUCUAGUGCUUUAAAGUAGGAGAUAAUUUACUCAUUGUUCUAGUGCUUUAAAGUAGGAGAUAAUUUACUCAUUGUUCUAGUGCUUUAAAGUAGGAGAUAAUUUACUAAUCGUUCUAGUGCUUUAAAGUAGGAGAUAAUUUACUAAUCAUUCUAUUGCUUUAAAGUAAGAGAUAAUUUACUAAUCCUUCUAGUGCUUUAAAGUAGGAGAUAAUUUACUCAUCAUUCUAGUGCUUUAAAGUAGGAGAUAAUUUACUCAUCGUUCUAGUGCUUUAAAGUAGGAGAUAAUUUACUAAUCGUUCUAGUGCUUUAAAGUAGGAGAUAAUUUACUAAUCGUUCUAGUGCUUUAAAGUAAGAGAUAAUUUACUAAUCGUUCUAGUGCUUUAAAGUAAGAGAUGAUUUACUCAUUGUUCUAGUGCUUUAAAGUAGGAGAUAAUUUACUAAUCGUUCUAGUGCUUUAAAGUAGGAGAUAAUUUACUCAUUGUUCUAGUGCUUUAAAGUAAGCGAUAAUUUACUCAUUGUUCUAGUGCUUUAAAGUAAGCGAUAAUUUACUCAUUGUUCUAGUGCUUUAAAGUAGGAGAUAAUUUACUCAUUGUUCUAGUGCUUUAAAGUAAGAGAUAAUUUACUCAUUGUUCUAUUGCUUUAAAGUAGGAGAUAAUUUACUCAUCUCCAUCACAUUUUACCUCUCUUACUCUUGUUUUGUGUUGUGAGUUCUGUCAGAAAAAAGAUCAUUGUGAGGCAUGAUAAAACAAAUAAAACUUACUACAUACAAUGUACAUUAUAAACUUUUAUGUAAUCUAUAAAUGUGAAUCUUCAGAAUGUCUGAGAGAGUUGGUGACAGGAAAACAGAAGAGACUGUACAGGAAUUCUGAGAGAGUAUGUUAAGCUGAGUAGACCAUUCAGGAAUUGAGUGUAAGCUUGAGUUAUAAUCUGAGUGGGUAGUUCAGCAUAUCAGUCUUGUUAAAGGAGAGAAUAUCAACAAAAUGUUAGUUGACACAGAGAGUAUGGGGUAUGUUAUCCAGGUAUACUCGUUAUGUUGUUAGUAUAGUCUGACCUUGUAAGGAUGACUAGGAUGUCCAGUAUAAUGUUGUGAGUCUUGUGACCUUGACCUCUCAGUAAGACAUAGUUGAGUCUUCAUUAUUGUCAGUCAGACACAACACUAGACAUGUUUUAUACUAGAAAUAUCUUUAGAUCAUGAUGCUAUAUGUAUAUGUACAUACAGCACCAUGAUUUAUAACGUUUCCUGUAAAAAUAUGUCUACUGUUGUGUCUGACAUUACUAGCAAGAUUGUGACCUCUCUUGAAAUAUUGUAUUGUCUUUAAGGACAUUAUGCAAUGACCUUGACAUUGAGGACAUUUGAUGUCCAAUCCAAUGUUAUAUGUUGUGACCUUGACAUUACAUAUAAUUCCCAAUGUUGAUUAUUGUAUUGACCUUGACAUUGAGGACAUUUGAUGUCCAAUCCAAUGUUAUAUGUUGUGACCUUGACAUUACAUAUAAUUCCCAAUGUUGAUUAUUGUAUUGACCUUGACAUUGAGGUAAUUUGAUGUCCAAUCCAAUGUUAUAUGUUGUGACCUUGACAGUACAUAUGAUUCCCAAUGUUGAUUAUUAUAUUGACCUUGACAUUUAGUGUUCAGUGUUGUGACCUUGACAUUUAAGGACAUGUGAUGUCCAUUGUUGGUGUGAUGACCUUGACAUUAACAUUACAAUUAAAGCACAAGAUAUUUAAUAUUUACUUUAUUUUGUUCCAUCAUGAUAUAAUGCCUUUACUUUUUAAAUUUAAGUUUAAACACAAGAAAGUGGAUAUACAAAAUAUGCCAUAGAUUUUGUCUGUAAAAAGACUCUCAAACAAAGUGUUCAUUAUAGACUAUUGUCCAUGUACACAGGUUGUUAGUCAGAAGUCCUUAAUUGACUUUGUCGAUGGACGUAAAACUGUCAAUGUAUCUACUUUAUAUACUGUGUGUAUGUGGUAGUGUUAUUUUCCUGAAUUUCUAAGAUGCUAACAUGAAUUCAACAAAAGGUAAAAACUGUCUUUAUGAUGCAUUUUGGUAAAUUUUAACGACUGAAAAAAAAAUCGAUGACAAAAGUCACCUAAUCUACUUAAUUUAUCAAUAAAUCCACAGGUGUCUGCAUCUGGUAAGUACUUAUAGAAAAACAGUACUUUUUUUUCUACAAAUACUAACCAGAAGCAGAUGCAUAUUAUAUUACCAAAGAUUUAAGUGUAGGAGGUAAACUGUUCAGACCGCUCAUGAUCAGGAAGUAUUUGAGAGCUGUCUACAUGUAAAUAUUUAGUUUUGGCACAUUUAUGUCGGGAACCAGACCCGAUAUAACCACAUUUAAGACUUACCAAAACUAAUCAAGUUAUAGACACUGUCACUGGGUAGUGAUUGGGGAAAAAAGGUGUUUUCGGAACUACCAGAAUGUAUACAUGAUGGCCAUGUUUGGUAAUUGAUGAAACCAUGAAAAUAACAAACCUGUAUCUUGUUAACUUUGUGACACCAAAAUUGAUCAUCAAUAAACACCGCCUUACCUGUAACACAUCUCCGUAGCCUUGUUAGAUAUGGCUGUAGCCGUGCUAAACACUGUUGUAGACAAAAUACCGUAGCCUUGUUAGAUAUGGCUGUAGCCGUGCUAAACACUGUUGUAGACAAAAUACCGUAGCCUUGUUAGAUAUGGCUGUAGCCGUGCUAAACACUGUUGUAGACAAAAUACUGUGUGUUCCAGACCAUUACUGCUGUAAGACUUAUCACCAUAAAUAGGUAUUGUACAUUAUGUGAUUAUCAAUUCUAGGUAGCUUUGUAUUACACUCAAACAUUAUAUAGCAUGAGGCUGAUUGUGCUGUUACUAUAUCGGUUAGAAAUGCUGUGUAUUUGAUAUUAUUAAAUCAAUAAUUAAGAGACAA